AUGGCGUUCUUAUCUCUACUCUCGAUUGUUGCAUUAUCUGUCUUUUUCCAUGGCGUCACCGCGCAGACUUCAACGACAUCGGCUCUACCAACCUCUACGGCUGUUGUUGAGGGAUUGAAUUAUCUUGCGAGGAACGCUGGGAAGAAAUAUUUCGGAACUGCCACUGACAAUCCGGAACUCACCGAUACCACCUACACUUCCAUUUUGGAAAACUACGAAAUGUUUGGUCAGAUUACACCAGGAAACAGCAUGAAAUGGGAUGCCAUCGAGCCCGAGCCAGGCGUGUUUACGUUCACAGACGGUGAUGUUAUAGCGGAGCUUGCUUCGUCAAAUGGCAUGAUGCUCAGAGGGCACAACCUGGUAUGGUACGAGCAGCUUCCCAGCUGGGUUACCGACAAUAAUUACAACGCCACCGGCUUAACCGAAGUCAUUCAAACGCAUGUCACUACCGAAGUUGCGCACUACAAGGGUCAACCGUAUGGACAAAUCCUUAUACAUGUACGUCACGCGUGGGACGUCAUCAACGAACCCCUGAAUGAUAAUGGUACAAUGCGCGAGGACGUCUUCUACAAUACAUUGGGAACGAGCUACAUCGAGAUUGCUCUGACGGCCGCUCGUGCAGCUGACCCGAACGCCAAGCUGUAUAUCAAUGACUACAAUAUUGAGUAUGUGGGCGAGAAGUCGACUGCAAUGCAGAAUUUGAUCAAGUCGCUCCAAGCCGCCGAUGUUCCCAUUGAUGGUGUGGGCUUAGAGUCCCACUUCAUCGUCGGCGAAGUCCCGACGACGCUCGUAGAGAACAUGCAGGCAUUUGCCGACCUUGGGAUAGAGUUUGCCAUCACCGAGCUCGACAUUCGUAUGGAGCUCCCGGAGACAGCGGAGCUUCUUGAACAACAGAAGACCGACUUUUAUACCGUCGUGAAUGCUUGCCUGUCCGUUUCUCAAUGCGUGGGUGUUACUGUUUGGGACUGGACUGACAAGUACUCCUGGAUUCCCUCCACGUUCCCUGGAUAUGGAGCUGCUACGCCGUGGGAUGACAACUACCAGCGCAAACCUGCGUUCGACGGCAUUGCUAUCGCCCUCGAGGGUCAAAGCAUCUAA